UUUGAAUUUUUAUAUUUAUAUAUUUUUUAAUUUGAAGGGUUUUGCAAAUUGUUAUUAAUAUUAUAUAAUUUUAUUUUUUUGCAGAUUACUCUUUCCUCCAACCAAUAAUUGCAUCACUGACCAUAAGGUACAUGGACGCCAUUCGCGUCAAUCAGCCGGGUGGAAUGUUUGACACUUCCUGAGGGUGGGAAGCGGACCCGCCAGCAUCCGUCACGUCGGUCGGUGAUUUAUGUGUGCCUCCGGCGGUGGGUGUUAUGCAUUAGUCAUACGCGAGAAUGGAGCGUCGGUCGUCGGUAUGGGGCUGGUCCAUUACUCUAAGCUUCAUCGUGAGCAGCAAAAAGAGACUCUGGCAAACGGGGAACGGUCAGAUCGAGAUGUGAUGAAUCAACUGUGUCCCAGCGAGACGUGUCCAGAGCCCGCGUCGCUAAUGGAUCUUAUGAAGCCCACCCGCUGCUGUGGCCAUGGUUGUCUGGGCCGGCUGUUCUGGGUGGUGGAUCGGGACGGACAAACACCCAACAGGAGAUUGAGACGACAAAAUAUCGGCGGGACCUAUUCGCGAAUUGCUGCUGCCGCCGCCACCGCCACGACCGAUGCCUGAUACGAUGAAGAAAUCACUUUAAAAUGCAACGGAUAUCCACGACCGACCACGGUGGAUAGCGGGGAACUGGUCAGCGUUCGGACAUCGUGGAGAAGAAGGAGGACUCCAGGUUGUCCAGUCGCGGUCGUCGUCGUUGUUGCCAACCCACACACACACAGCGAGACAUACGCGCGGUACGGAACUGGGCCAAAUAGCUCCAAGCGGACGGACGGCUAUGACACACAUUUUUUGUGCGAAUUUCCGGCCACACGACAUACGCGGACGACGACGACGACGACGGUCGCUGGAGUCUCCUGUGGCAGCACGAACAACACGUUCGCUGAUCGGGCGAUCAAUUUGUCCAGUGAGUUAUGAGUCACAGCCGGCAAUAUAUAUGUGUGAGCUGGGUGAGGUUGAGAUUGGAGAAGGGCACCACACGGUUCCAACCCACCCGGCCAGGCCCGGACGCCUGUGUAGAGGAAUGUUAAUUGAUAAUUCACGUUGCAUUAACGCCGCUGUUUGACAUCUUUAGCACUUCAUUUAGGGUUGCUGUUUCGUAUUUUCCAGGAAAGGAAAUUAAGAAGAGAAGGAAUAAGGGGGACGCUUGAAGGAGAUUAGACGAGCGAGAAGUGAUGCAGGAAUGCAUAUACGCUGUAUAUGGGCUGUGGAUUAGGUGGGAUAAAGAAAUCGAAACGUCAAUAGGUGUAAAUAUAACACCUCCUUAAUCAGUUAUGCGGUUGUGUGUGAGAAAAAUAGACAGAAACAAAGUACAUUGACACAUUUAUUCAUUUGUCCGAAUUAAGCUAGUUGCGAUCGUAAUUGUACAAUUAGUUUAAACCGUUUUUUUGUGACUGUUGGGAUUUUUCA